UACAGGUGUGAACCACUUUGCCCAGCCAGAAUUCUUAAUCAUAUCUGCAAAGUUCCUCUUACCAUAUAGGGUAACAUUCACAGAUUCCAGGAUUAGAACCUUAUCUUCAGGAGCGACUACUCAGCUGACCACACUCACUGAGAAGGUAAUGGUUGCAGAAAGACCAGUGGAUGGAGAAAGCAAACCCUGUGGCUUUCAGGGAAGGUACACAGAGGUGAAGCAUACCUGGGUAUAGAGCAGAGUGAAUAGGGGGGAGAUGGGAGUGUGGGGCCAAGGGUGACCCCAAGAUUUUCUGGCGUGAACAACUGGAAGGAUGAAAUUGCCAUUUGAUGGGGAUGGGGAAGGCUGUGGGAAAAGCAGGCUUGAGAGAACACCAGGAGCUUAGUCUUCCAUAGGGAAAAUGUUGACACUUCAUAGACUUCCAAGCAGAGAUGCCAAGUGGGCAGGUGAACCUGGAGUUCAGGAGAGAUGCCCAAGCCAGAAAGAUAAAUUUGGAAGUCAUCAGCAUCAAAGGUAUUUGAGACCAUGAGACCAGGGGAGGUCACUAAGAGACUGAGUGUGGAAAGAAAAGAAAAUGUUCCAGGACUGAUCCCUGAGCCCUCCAGCGUUUGGAGUCAAAAAUCAUGAAAAGAAAUGAAGCUAAGAGCAGCCAGUGUGGUGAGAAGAAAACUGAGUGGUGCCCUGGAAGCCAGGGAAGAACAUGUUUCCAGGAAGGAGGGAGUGAUCAGGAGAAUGCCGCUGACACAUCAGGUGCCAGUGCCCAACUCAUUCUCAUACUUACUCCCAAGAUGGCUGUUUCAAAUAUUAGAUAUGGAGCAGGAGUUACAAAGGAAGUGGGAAUGGACCUACAAAACAUGGGUGCUAAAAAUGUGUGCUUGGUGACAGACAAGAACCUUUCCCAGCUCCCUCCUGUGCAAGUAGCUAUGGAUUCCCUAGUGAAGAAUGGCAUCCCCUUUACAGUUUAUGAUAAUGUGAGAGUGGAACCAACGGAUGCAAGCUUCAUGGAAGCUAUUGAGUUUGCCCAAAAGGGAGCUUUUGAUGCCUAUGUUGCUGUCGGUGGCGGCUCUACCAUGGACACCUGUAAGGCUGCUAAUCUGUAUGCAUCCAGCCCUCAUUCUGAUUUCCUAGAUUAUGUCAGUGCCCCCAUUGGCAAGGGAAAGCCUGUGUCUGUGCCUCUUAAGCCUCUGAUUGCAGUGCCAACUACCUCAGGAACCGGGAGUGAAACUACUGGGGUUGCCAUUUUUGACUAUGAACACUUGAAAGUAAAAACUGGCAUCGCUUCGAGAGCCAUCAAACCCACACUGGGACUGAUUGAUCCUCUGCACACCCUCCACAUGCCUGCCCGAGUGGUCGCCAAUAGUGGCUUUGAUGUGCUUUGCCAUGCCCUGGAGUCAUACACUGCCCUGCCCUACCACCUGCGGAGCCCCUGCCCUUCAAAUCCCAUCACACGGCCUGCGUACCAGGGCAGCAACCCAAUCAGCGACAUUUGGGCUAUCCACGCACUGCGGAUCGUGGCUAAGUAUCUGAAGAGGGCUGUCAGAAAUCCCGAUGAUCUUGAAGCAAGGUCUCAUAUGCACUUGGCAAGUGCUUUUGCUGGCAUCGGCUUUGGAAAUGCUGGUGUUCAUCUGUGCCAUGGAAUGUCUUACCCAAUUUCAGGUUUAGUGAAGACGUAUAAAGCAAAGGAUUACAAUGUGGAUCACCCACUGGUGCCCCAUGGCCUUUCUGUGGUGCUCACAUCCCCAGCGGUGUUCACUUUCACAGCCCAGAUGUUUCCAGAGCGACACCUGGAGACAGCAGAAAUACUGGGAGCUGACACCCGCACUGCCAGGAUCCAAGAUGCAGGGCUGGUGUUGGCAGACACGCUCCGCAAAUUCUUAUUUGAUCUGGAUGUUGAUGAUGGCCUAGCAGCCGUUGGUUACUCCAAAGCUGAUAUCCCCGCACUAGUGAAAGGAACGCUGCCCCAGGAAAGGGUCACCAAGCUUGCACCCCGUCCCCAGUCAGAAGAGGAUCUGGCUGCCCUGUUUGAAGCUUCAAUGAAACUGUAUUAGUUGUCAUUUUAAGUGGAAGAAUUACCACUGGCCAUUGUAGUGCUGAGAGCAAGAGCUGAUCUAGCUAGGGCUUUGUCUUUUCAUCUUUGGCAUAACUUAGCUGUUACCAGUAUGGGUGGGAUAUAAAUUUGUCUUGCAAGAAAUUCCCCAAAGCUCAGAGUCCAGCUCCUUCCAUAAAACAGGCUGGACAAAUGACCACUAUGUUAGACCCCCAGGGUUGACUUCAGGGGUCAGUGUUCCUGUACCAAACCCCACACAGAAUACUCUGCCCCUGCUUCAUGAGCAAAUGAACAAAAACUCAAAAGUAUAAAUUAUAUUUCCUAUGCCUAGUAAUUCACUGCAUGUCUAGAAAUUUAUCUGAUAGAAACACUAGCACCAGUACAUACAGAAGCAUGGCAAGGAUGUUUCUGGCAGCACUUUUCUAAUAAUAAAAUAUUUGAAACAA